UCCCGCGCAGCCCACGAUGCCGACGCGCGCCGUGCAAGCGCACACCGAGUCCGGCGGUGCUUGGGAUUGGGUGGAGGGAGUGGUGGCUGCGGACGGAGUCACAGGAUUGGUAGAGUUCAGCGCCAAAGUUGUUGACUCAUAGCUGAGCAGCUCCUCUCCAUCCUUCUCGGCACGGAGCUGUCCAGGGCCAGUGGUGCUGAAAGUCUCAGUCUUCGACGCAUCGUCGGAAUUAUUUUCUACUUUUUACGCUUUGACUGCUCUUAGUCAUCCUUUGAAAGUUACAAGUCUCAUACUCGUUUAAACGGCACUUGGUUGAUAUCUGCCCAUCAUCGCUCUGCCCAAGAGCGCAUCGCAACUUCAACUUCUUAACCGAACAAAUCGAGGACUCUCCAAAGCGCAGCUAUGGCUUUCAUGGUAAAACACGUGGUGGGAGGACAGCUGAAGAACCUGACAGGAGGACUGACGGAGGAGAAAUCCGAAGGGGAGAAAUCAGACGCCGCCGCGCAGGGAAUGACUCAAGAGGAAUUUGAACAAUAUCAGCAACAGUUAGAGGAGGAAAAAAAAGAACGAGAAGCUCAUUACGCUCAGAAGAAAGCUGAGCGAGCCACAGUUAGAACUCAUUUCCGGGAAAAGUACAGACUACCAAAGAAUGAGAUGGAUGAGACCCAAAUCCAGCAGGCAGGGGACGAUGUGGUGCUGCCCACAGAGCUUGCCAAGAUGAUCGCCGAGGACAACGAGGAGGAAACACACAAGCAGUCGGUGCUGGGCCAGCUGUCCAACAUCCAGAAUGUGGACAUCGACCAGCUGAAGGACAAAGCCCAGGCCACACUGGAAGACCUCAAAAAGCAGACGGAGAAUUGCAGUCUGAUGUGAUCUGGCCAACUCCAAGCCCAGGAGAUUAGAGUUUUUCUUGUACAAAUAUUUUCAGAGGCAGAGCUGCUCCGGGGGUAGACAUUUUCUCAUUGCUGUAGUGGAAUGUCAGUUGGCAGAGCCACAUAUUAACAGUUUUUUCUGGUCGUGCAAAGUUAAACAGAAGCCUUAUAGUACGAUAUCUUGGCCACAUCUUACAAACCUACAAUACAAUUCUAGCCACAAUGACAACCAGGUGAAACGGCUUAAUUUGUUUGCCUUUUGACUUCCCGAUAUCUUAAAAGGUCAUGAAUGCCAUGCAUAUUUUUACAUAAAUUGCCAAUUAGCCAAAAAUGUGGCUCCUCUCACUGAGAUUUAGCCAAUUAAAACAUCUCUGCCCUUAGAGCAGUUUCACCUCUGAGAAAGUUUUUUCCAGUGUAUUAAAUCCUUUACUCCCUAUAACCUCCCCAGCUCUCUGUACCUCAUGUGACCUGUGAUAACACAAUAUGAUUCUGCAGCAGAGGUCGCAGGUGUGUGUGUGUGUGUGCAGGAUUUUCUUGCUUCCAAACACACAGCAACUGAUUUCAGUGAUGAACACAUGCACUUUCAAUAAGCGCAUCAGUGAGAUCAGCUGCUUCGUUGGAAUGAAAGCACACAUAAACGAGGCUGACACUGAUUGCUGUGUUAUGUUAAAUUUGGGGGAGUUGAUGUAGGUAAAAUAAAAUAAAAGCUCGCUCUGUUUAUUUUUCAUGUACAAAUGCGCAACAUGGUAGAAAUGGGCUGAUCUUGGUCAAAAGUAGCUUGCUAAUGUUGCCGCAUCAAUUUUAGAUAUUCUCAUAGACAUAUCAUUUAGAUUUUUCUGUACUUCAGUGUGCCUUGGAUGUCCGUACAAGGUUGUCUUCUUUUGAGCUCCGAAAUCUAAAAGCUACUUUUUACAAAGAUUUUUUUUUAAAUUUUUGGAAGAAGUUUAAAUUUUUUUCUUUUCUUCUUUCCUGUUCGAUUAAAAACCAUUAAUAAUUACCAAGCAAGCACGGAUGAUGUCUUGCUGAAAGUCCAGAUAGUUUUGCUGCGUGUAAUUCCUGUGUUCCCAAAUUUAACCUAGCAUCAAUAUCAACUAUACUGGAAGUAUUUCUGCACAUAUGCUGCAUUUAUAGGUUAAAAGAAUAAAAGCUGCUCAGUUAGAAGAAAUGUAAAUGCUUUACAAGUUGUAUGCCAAAGCCUGUGUUGAUAACACUCUGACCAACAUUAAGGAAAAGGCACAAAUAUGUCCAGAUGUGUAACGACAGUGUGUGUGUGUAUAAAUCCAAAUACAGAGUCCGCAUUCAAGUAUUUAUGUUCUGUUAGAUGUACAGGUAUCUGUUUGCCUAUACUGUCAACAGCGAGUCAUUCUGUUUCCACCAACUCACCGGGUCUUGCAGUGUUGUCAACCAUCAGGUGACCUUUGACCUGUCCUCCAUCUCAUUGACCCUUCCGUCUCAGUAGUGCUCUUUCGUGCUGGUGGAUUUCGUGUUGUUUAGCCAGUGUGAUGCGUCAAGUGGUGUCUUUGUAAAACAGAAAAAAAAAACCUCACCCUAUAGCCGGGAGUGCUCAUCGUAGUGUUACAGAGCACUCAGUCAGUGUGGGCUUACUGUGGUAUUGUUGAUUAAUAGCCAAGUGUGAAGGUAGGGGUGACGUUAGGGAGGAUGCUGUUGAUGUUAUGUUACAUUCAUAUAUGCUACAUUUUGCCAGUGUUCAGUUUAUGUAGCAGUGGUGAUGAAGGUGAUGUUGGCUUGAUCUCACAUCUGUCCCCGAUCUCAUUCCUUUUAUGGUUCUACGGCCAAAAACUUUUUUUCCCCGCUUUGUGUUACUUAAGUUUUUUUUUUUUAAGUUUAAACUGUGGCCAAAAAGAUUUUGUUAAUUUACUGUAUGAGUUUUAAUUUCGUCACUGUAGGUGCCACACUACUACUGAAUGAAAACGGAGGCAACAUUUUUUCACUACAGUGAUUAUUGUCAUCUGUUAGAUACACAAUUAUAUAUAUAUAUCUAUAUAUAUAUAUAUUCAGAAUAUUUCAAUAAUACGAAGAAGAAAAGUUGCAAUAAGUCCUUUUAUAAACAGAGCUACUAGAAUAUGUCAUGUUUCAUCAUGAGACGAUAUUCUUGGGGGGAAAUGAAGCCAUAAAGCAAAACUCUUUGCUUUGUAUGAGUGUUUGUGACUUGAAAUAAUAAUUCAAUAACUCAAUAAUAAUAACAAUAUACUCAUAUAUAUUAUUUCUGUGGUCCAGAUUUUUCAGGAAAUGGCUGCCAUGACACGCAGUUUUUCUCCUUUGACCUUUUUGUUUUCUUUCAUUGUAUCUCUGUCAUUCUGUUGGAAAGUAUUUCAGUGACUUCUGCGUUUUAACUGCAAUAAAUUUUUUUAAUUAUA